AUGUCAUUCCGAGGAGGCGCACGCGGUGGCCGCGGCGGUGGAAGUUUUGGUGCCCGCGGCGGCGGCGGGUUUCGCGGCGGCCGUGGUGGAGCUCGUGGUGGCUUCUCCCAGCCGAUGGGCCCGCCUGAUCAGGUCUUCGGGUCGCAGAGCCCGAUCGGCAAGGUCGAUGAGAUCCUUGGUCCUCUGAACCAGGUCUACUUCACCAUCAAGCCCCAGGAGGGCAUCCAGGCCACCUCCUUCAAGCAGGGUGACAAGUUCUACAUUGGCGGCGACAAGCUGCUGCCUCUGGAGAGGUUCCUUCCCAAGCCCAAGCCCCCGCCGGGAAUGCCCAAGCCCAAGCGCGCUGGUGGUGGCGGUCGUGGCGGUGCACCUCGCGGUGGCCGUGGUGGCUUUGGCAGCUUUGGCGGCCGUGGUGGUCGUGGCGGUGCACCGCGCGGCCGCGGCGGACCCAGCUUCGGAGGCCGCGGAGGCUCGAGGGGCGGCUUCAGCAGUGGAGGUUUCGGUGGUGGCCGCGGCGCUCCUAGAGGAGGCGGCAGGGGCAGGGGCCGUGGUGGCUACUAG